AUGGAUGCUCGAUCACAGGAGCCCCUCCCAUUGUAUCGACCAGGCAUCAAACGUCCUUGGGAAGACGAUACGGAAUUACCGGCACAACAAAACGAAAGUAAUAAUGGUUGGCAUGGCGGAACGUUACCACCAAUUGAAGCGGGAUCAUUUGCCCGGCAUCCAGUAUCCGGUAUUUCAGAAAAUCGGGCGAUACAAAACAAUCCAUAUACUCGAAAUGGUGGAGAUUCGGUCAUGAAAAGGGUGCGAUAUGAGAGGAAUCAUUACAAAGGGGAGCCGAGGGUGGUUUUAGACACACCUGAGGAAAUACCCACAUCUCAGGCACAUGGUCCAACAAGAUAUGAUCAUAAUCGGUCGAUUCAAAAUGCUUCCACACUUGGACGACCCCCCCGGGUGACUGUAAACAGUCGGGUGGACUCCCCUCAAGAUGUGUCUAAUAUUUGUCGUCAAUGCAAGCAGCAGACUACGUUUGAUUACGUAGAAGAAUCUCUACCAGAGUGCUGCGAGCAUUGCCAAAAGAACCCUGAACUUGCCCUUGUUACGCAGGCUUGCAGCAUUGGGCUUACUCAGCUAGCGGAGACGCUCCGUUCGGGUAUAGAUUCCGAGAAGCGUGGUUUCAAUUCAGCCCACUCACAGCUGCUUCUUCUCCCUUCCGGGGACGCACCUCCCAUUAUUGACUUUGGGCUGAAACAAACCCUCCAUUGGAUACUUACCAAGAUCAAGAAUGUUAAUGAACUCGCCGACAAGUUUGUCCAACAGGUUCCUCCUGGCGCUUCAAAAACACCCUUCAAGAAGGAUGUUCUCAGUCCGAUCAACGGUGUGAUCCGAGAUGGUCCUUUAGACAUCAUGAAACGACGUAUCGAUGAUCAUCACCGGAGGCCUACGUUGAAUGAUCUUGAUGUUUCUGAUUCUAGCAUGCAUCAAAGACGCAGAUCUUUGGCUAUUUCAGCUAGCGAAGAACUUCCACCUAUGCGAGCGCAAUCUCCCUAUCAUCAUACUCCCUUGUAUAUUGAUAAUAUGAGCCAGAGGCUCUUGAGUAUGAAUCCUCCGCCUGCCCCAAAUCGACAAUUACCGUCUCCACCAGGACGAGCUUUUCCUUCUCCGACGUCGGUUAAUUUAUCGUCUCCUUCAGGGUCGGCAUCAUACGGGGGUCCGUCUGGCGGUCCGCCUGUAUCGUCGAACUUCCACGCGCCUAGCAAUGUUUUACCUUCCAUAACAGGCGCGCAGUCAUCAGAUAGCGCAUUGCAGGUCCAUACAGCAGCGCUUCAACAUGAAGUCUCCAUACAAAAGAUCGCAUUAUCAUCGUUGCAGGGCGAGCACGAUAAACUCCUUGCUGCUUUCUCGCGCUCUCAAAGUCGAGCCAGCGCUCUUGAGAAAAAGCAUCAGGUUUCUGACAUUGAAGUCUUCAGCCUCACCGAAGAGAAAGCGCGAUUGCAUGCUCAAGUUCUGGAAUUGGAGGGCGAGGUCGAGGACCUUGCGAAAAGUAGGGACUCCUAUCGACAAGCAGCGGUACAAGAAAGGGCACAAUACGUCGAGAUUGUGAAGAUGGCUAGUCAAUUAGAAGAAAAGACCGGGAAGGAGAGAAAGAAUUGGAAUAAAUUGAAACUUGAGAUGGAGCAAAGGAUCCAAGAAUCAAGUGCUGAAACGAAAACUCAUACUCAAGACUCUAGCACAACCUCACUCAUACCGGAAGGAUUUGGACGAAGCCUACCAUCGCCUAAUGAGCACAAGAAGUAUGAAGGAUUGACUGGUAUCACAGCAACAGAAUCGACUAGCGACGAGCAUCUUGGUGCAAAAGACGACCAGGCCGAUCUUCUCAGAGCAGAGAUCGAGCGCUUACGAAAGCGCUGUCAAGAGGUGGAAGCCGCAUUAAUAGCGGUAAGGCACGAAAGUCGAUCAAUGGAAAGCAUUGUGAAAGCAUUGAGUAGGGCUGGAAAGGGCAUAUUACAGAAAGUUGAAAGUGUCUCUCUGAGUCCUGAAAUAUACGCCGAAUCGCAACCAGAUUCACGAUCAGAGCCAGGUAACGACCGGGGCUAA